CGCUAAGAAGUUGUCGUAAAGUUGUCGUGAAAUAUGAACGCUGUAUCCUCAGCGCUAGGAAACGUAAACAUGCACUAUUUAGAGUUAAUAUGUGCAAAAUGCAAAGGUUUUAGCGGGUUAAUCCUUCGUUUUUAGUUGUGUCUGUGGUGUUAAGGUGAUAUAAUGGCGUCCUUCAGUCGAGACGGUGACAUUAAUCUUGUUUUUCUUGGACAAUGAGAGAGUGAUUUAUAGAGAGAAAGCUGAGAGCUUUAGGAGGUGUAUGAAUUAAAAUAAUUGAUCACGUGGUUAAAGUGUGUAACUGGUUGUCCAUGACGGAUGAUAAAACCUCUGUUUGUUUGUUUUUUUCCAGAGAUGAAUCCUGUGCAGAUGGAAGUGAGCCCUGACAUCCACAUCUGUGGCUUCUGUAAACAGCAGUACAACAAUUUUGAAGUGUUUCUUGCACACAAGCAGAAUGAAUGUCAGCUUCCUCCCAGUGACAUCUCAGUGAGCAGCACUGCAGCUGCUGAAAGCGUGCAAGAGUUUCCUUUGGAGGAGGUUUUACAGACGUGCGUGUCAAAGGCUAUGAAGAAGACGGUAAAAACCCAGAAACCGGCCUCCAAAACCCUGAAACCUGUACUCGCUCAAAAGCGGCGCACGUGCAGCUUCUUGGGUGAGCGUCAACUCCGAAAUGCACUUCUCCGAGCGAACACUUUGCCCCGCGAGAUCUGGUUAACCUUAAUGCAUAACCUUCUCCUAGGCUGUACAUUCAAAACCCAGUAUGGCCAGAAGGACAUGGAAAGGCACAUGCUGACUCACACCGGCGACAGGCCAUACGAGUGUGAACUGUGCCAUAAGCGCUUCAGCCGGCGGGACAAGCUGAACCUGCACAGCCGCUCACACACGGGGGAGAAGCCGCACAAGUGUAAGCACUGCGCGUACGCCGCGGCGGACAGCAGCAGCCUGAAGAAGCACCUGCGCGUGCACUACGACGAGAGGCCCUUCAAGUGCCAGAUCUGCCCUUACGCCAGCCGCAACUCCAGCCAACUCACCGUGCACCUGCGCUCACACACAGGUGAUGCCCCGUUCCAGUGUAGUGAGUGCGGCGCCAAAUUCAAAAUCAACUCGGACUUGAAGCGUCACACGCGUGUGCACUCGGGCGAGAAGCCAUACGCGUGCGAUCUCUGCGAUUACCGCUGUGCCAUGAAGGCCAACCUGAAGUCGCAUGCCCGGCUGCGCCACGGCGCCUACGCCUGCACAGAAUGCGACUUCCGGUGCACAGCCAAGGCAGCUCUGCGCGCACACUCACGCCAGCAUGCACCCGCCCACCCGCUACGCUGCACCUGCUGCCCGUACUCCUGCACCAGCAAGGGGGCGCUCAAGAGACACGAGCGUGUGCACUCGGACGAGCGCCCGUUCACCUGCCCGCGCUGCCCUUAUGCCAGCAAGCAACGUGCCAACCUGCUCGUCCACAUGAGGAAGUGCCAUGGUGAGAAAGUCGUCGAGGGGCGCAGCAAGGGUGCCAAACGAGGAAAAUCAGCAGACAAGUCACCCAGUCCGGCAGGGUCACGGUACCGGGUGAGGCUCGAAGCACCCCGGGCGUUUCGCUGCAACCUGUGUGACGCGUCAUUUGUGAGAGAAGAUUCGCUGCGAAGUCAUAAGAGGCAGCAUAAUAAUGCAGAAAAACAGCUCAGACUCCAAAAUAGUGUUCCAAAACAAACGGAUAAAGGGCCCGAGCAGGCUUCGUUGGCUCUCACAAACAGGUCGGUUCCUUCCUACGCAAACACGCAGCUUAAGAUCUUUGUCGCGCCUCCUCUUGGUCAGGAUGGGGCAUUCAUCCAGGCAGCGGUGGACGUCCCAGAUUCGAAACCUGAAACAGUUCUGCUUAGUUCAGAAGGACAGAAUGUAAUUCUCAACCCUGUCAUCCAGCAGGUCAGUCUGUUAACCCCGGUGCAACACAUGACUCCACCUGAGGGCAGCGUCGAGCACCAGACGGUCUUACUGACUCACAUGAGUGGCAGUGAAGAAAGCCCUCUUCUACAGACUAAUGGUUCUUCUCAGGCACCAAUAGAGACUCAGAGCUUUAUCAGUUCCACGUCAUCUUCAGAAAGCAGCCACGCGUUCAUCACGGCAUGCUCGGACCUUGACAGCCUGCACACCCUCAUCCAGCAGGGUGGCGCCGAGGUCACGGUGGUCACCAAGGGCCACACCUCCAUCACUACAGCAACAACAGCAAGCUCCGCCUUCGAAUCACCACUGGACGUUCCUCAAAGGCCACCGUCUGAGGAUGAGCUGAGGCAGUCGGGGGAGGAGACUCCAGCUCUGGACGAGGGUUUGGUUGUCCCUGAUAUAAACAUCGAGCCGUCGAGUUCCCUUCUUGUCCACAAUGUGACUUUGUCCAUUUCAGAGCAGGAGCAACAGCCUCCCAUCUACCAGCUCUCACCCCAUCAGAUCUUCUCCGACUCUAAUCCACCAGACAGGAUCGAGGACUGACGAGCGCAUUCCUGUUUCAUAAAUCCUUUGAUUUGUUUGAGAUGUUUGUUUAACACAGAGGUUUUAUACUCCUUCAUGGCAUGCUGCUUCUCUAGAGCUCUUGGAAAUAACAUGGAGAGAUCAUGGAAUGUAGAAAUUUUUGGAAUUUUUUUUUUUCCCCCCUUGAGUAAAAUUAUUUAAUCCUUAACUUUUCUAG